UCAUAAACACACAUGCGAUUCGGCAAAGUUUAGUUCGUACACAUUGCUCAGACGUCACCAGAGGAAUAAUAUUAUUCAUUUAUAUUAUGUCACAGCAAACUGGACGUGUGUACAUACAGACACCGUUUCGUUCAACUUGCUUUUGAUAAAACAUAUAUAUUGAACGCACACAAGUAAAAGAGGGAGGGGCUGAACUUGCGAUAUAUUUUAUUCUUUAGGUGAGAAAAUUUUCUUUGGAACCGGUGACGUCUUUCAUCGUUACUACCAAGGAUCAAUUCUAGGCGGCACAUCUUUAGUGUUGCCUUGGCUGAGCACCCGAAAGGACUGCGAAACUUGGGCUUCAGUGAGCGAGAUCAAUUGUCUCUUCUACAAAUGGCAACACAAGAACCUGGUAAUAAUCAGCCUACAACGGUUGCACCGAGCGGUGGACUCAGCACCGAUACCAUCAUCAUCAUCGUCGGGGCGGUCGCAGGAACACUCUUUCUUCUCGUCAUCAUCAUGCUCUGCGUUGUCGGGUGCAUCUAUUAUCGGAACUCCAAGAGGGAUGACGAUCAAACUAAAACGAGACAUGAGAAAAGGUCAAAGAAACAUCCAGUUGAACCUCGGGACAGAAUAUUCAGACCUGUAGAUUGGCAUGACCCGGAAGGACCUGAUGUAAGAAACGACAUAGGCGAGAUUGAUAAGAUACUCUUUGAAGAGAGCAGGAGUCGAAAAGGAUCUAUUGCCAUGAGGAAUCCAGCGUACAAAGAAGAUGACGAUGUAGUCAUAUCGGAUAAUAAUGGAUACCCUUAUCGGAUGUCAAAUGGUGGUCCUCCACGGCCACCCAAUCUUGAAAUGCUACCCCCAGAGCGCCGACAGUCAUCCAAGUCAAACGCCUCAACCAAACCGUCACUUCCUCCGUCAUCGCCCACGGAAUCAACGCAGAUCUCGAUUCUUGAUAUGAAACACACUUGGGGUGAACCCGACCUGACAGCGGAUAUCGACAACGGCAACCAGGUGAAUCGCUCGAGGUCGAACAGCCACAUGAACACGGUGUCGGGUCCCCACAACGAUCCGAAUGUCGACUUCUCGGUUUUCGGCGGAGGUUCCAUGCCCGGAUCGGGAAUGCAGCAGAGUCGGGAAAAUACCUUACGUCGAUCGUUCCGUUCUCGGAACCAGGCGAUCGUGGACUUUUACGAGAGCGGGUACUCAAAUUCGAUGGGUGCACGGUCGGCUGCAUCACUUCCGAUGUCGAGGAUGGAUUACCAGAAUGACUCUGAUGAUAAACCGAACCAAAGCAGUGGGUGGGGCACUGGCAAUAGAUUGCUCUGGCAAAAACGUCAAUUCGUAUCAUGAUCUCCAUUUGCCAAUUUAAUUUGGCUGUUAACUUUGUGCCUGGAUGCACACGAACUGAUUCCUACCAUGGAAGUCUCCCAUGGAAAGAUGGAUGCGACUGUGACCGGGGACUGUGACUGCCCAAAGUCUCUUUUUUUUCCCAAGCAGUUUUCAUUGAUGGUGCUGACGCAGCAAUGUAUCGAUUCCGAGAAACCGUCGAGGCACUGAUCAUUCGUCCUUAUCUGUGUCAUUGUGUCUAAGAGUCAUUUAUAAAAAUAAUGUAUUCAUGUUAUUCGGGAAUGUAACCAAUUCAAGCUUGUCUGAAGUUUUUGAUAGCAGACAGAAUUUGACAGAAUGUCUACUGCAAGCAACCCGACUGUAUUAUGGUAAUCGUAUUGUGUUGAUAAUCAUUGUUACUCAUAUCUUAUACAAACAGAUUUUCAAUUUACAGAUCGUUAUGGGUUUUGAGAAAAAUCAAUUAAUCUAACUCAAGGAUAUUAUACCACCGAUGUUCGUAAUAAUUUUGAGUGAAAUUUUAUAUUUAGAAAUUAUUAUAUUGAAUGAAUUUAGGUAUAUGUGUUUCGAAAUAUGUUUAUUUAUUAAUCAUAUUUUGUUUGUUAUUUGUGUUUUUUUUACUCAAAAAUUGAAAGGAAAGUGAAAAAUGGAGUUCCUUGAUGCCUUCUAAGUAUAGUCUCACAUAACCUAAUAGUAAACUUCCAUUAAAUCACUGAAUCCUUAAUAGUCUUCGAAGUUUAGUACAUUGAUGGUAGACUAGUUUUUGCAAAAUACUGGAGGCUUUCUUAAAGGAUCGUGGGAAGAUUUUUUUGUCUAUGUAGACUUCUCAUCCGUUUUGCCAUCCCUGACACCUGAAAUAUACCUUUGCCAUUAUGUGUAAGUGUCAGAGUCCGAAACAUUUUCUCUUAGCUUACUUAACUUCAUUUUAACCGCCCAUCUUAUUGAUUCGGAUCAUUGAGAAUUAUUUAUCAUAUCAUAUCGUUCACUGGAGAAUGAGUUUAUAGGGUAAGCAACUAAACAAUGGAAGUAUGAUCAUUACUCCGCGGCAACACCAUGGAGCUCCAUGCCACAACAAAGCAUUAUGGUGUAUGGUGGCAGUCGGUAUGUUUGUUUGCUGGUUUACGUAUCCAACUGAAUAUCACAUUUUGUACUCGUUUGCGCCGCAAUGAAGUUCCCUGUGAAAUUUGAUGCAAACAUCCCUCUUAAAAAUAUUUUGAAGCAACUGUCUUACUGAAUGUUCAUCUAUAAAUGUAAAUAUCUGAUAAAAUUCUUCUUUUUUUCUGAAAAGAACACACGACUAUACUUCCUAUUGUCAGUCUGUUUUUAUUUUGAUAUUUCUAUUCGAUUUGGUUGAUUGAGUAUGUUGUUCUACAAAUAAUUUGUAAAAGUUUAUUGGCGCCUGUCAUAAUCCCUUUCACAGGUUGAUGUCUGUUAGACAAUAAUAGACAUACUAGAAAUCAAAUCGAAUAUCGUCCACGUAUCACGGUAUAGGGUGGGCAUCAGACAAAAUGAAUAUAUUAAUCAUAAUUUAUUGCUUAUUUUGUCUUUCCUAUCCUUGCCAAUUUGUAAGUUGGUGAAAUAUAACAGAAAUUUGAAAGGUAUUCUUAUGUCCAGUGGACAUCUAACAUUGUAAGUUUUAUUGACAUAGUUAGACAUUAUAUCGACAUCUCUUUCUGUCUCUCUUUAAAGUCGUCAUGACUGUGUUCAUGUUUCCUCUGUGUCACGUGAUUAUUAUCUCAAAGAAUUGAUUUUAAUCACGAUUUAUGCAAAUAAUCGAUGUGGAUUUAUUGUUAAAAGAGUAUGUUCAUAAUGUUUUCAUGGACAUAAUGAUGUUUGUCAGCAAAGUUCUUCCGCAUCUUAAUGUUGAAAUCAUAUUUCAUGUAUGUACUGAUUUUUUUUUUUUUAACAAUGGACGAUGAUUUCGUGUAGACCGUGUUUCAUUGGCAAACAGUAAUAAUGUAUUUUGUGCUUUGUUUAUUUUGUUUUUAAUAAAAAGUCAAGCUAUAUUAAGAUUAUGUUUCUAGAUGUAUAUUAUGCAAUGCAAGUAUCAAAAUUUCCAUUUCAUGUGGUGGAUUGUAAUGUAAUAGUCAGAUUAUUAUUGAUUGGAUAUAAUAAAGUGCACCAAUCUACGGUGAAGUGAUUAUA